CUAUUUAUGUGCGGUGGAUUCAACGGUGUCCGAGUUUUAUCGUCUGUAGAGAUAUAUGAUCCAGAAUCUGACCAGUGGACUAUGAUCACUCCUUUACUUGGACCUCGAAGUGGGCACACAGUUAUCUCUUAUAAGGGAAAUCUCCUGACUAUUGGAGGCUAUGAUGGCAGACAUAGGUUGCGUUCAGCAAUGCAGUUCGACGAAACAGAAGAUUGCUGGAUGAAUUUUGCUCCAAUGCUCGGCUGCAGAAGUAAUUUUGGGGCAGCUGUAUUUGAAGGCCAACUUUAUGUCAUUGGAGGCUACAAUGGCGAAACUACAAUUUCAGACGUCGAGAAAUUUGAAGAUUCCAAGAACGAAUGGAGGAAAAUACAAAGUUUAAAUAUGCACAGAAGUGCACUCGGAGCUUGUGCUUUUAGUGACGUCACAAACGUUACAGAGUGUUCUCCUAAAGGGCCUGUCAUUAUAAGAAUAGUCCAGCUUGAACAGCCCACUCCUUAACGGUUUUGGUCAAGGAUUUAGUCAUCAAGUGACAGAUUAUUGUAUCAUUCUGAGAAGAGAUUCACGAGAAUGAAGGUACCUAUGCAGUUCUUUUCAUGAAGAUGCUGGAUUUUAAUGAUUUCUACAUCUAUUGAGCUUUGAAUUUUGAAGAAUCUUUAUAUUCUAGUAUUUGAAUUACGGAGAAAACAAAAUUUUGGAGAACACUGAGAUUUUUCUAAACACGUUUUCGAAGCGUUUCCAGCAAGUGUUUCAGAAUGACUUUUAUAACUAAAGAUAACUAAAUUAAUUUUAAGUAUUUUUCUGCUUAAGAGUUUAAGAAUUUUAUUUCUAUAUUUUUGUAAGUACGUUUCAGACACUUUUGCUUCUUAUUACUUAAUUUUAUAUAUUUUAUUAAUUCAGAAAAUAAAACUUCAUA